GCGAACCGCGAUACCGACGCCACACGUCCGAUCACCGACUUCCCACCCACUGUCCCGAGUUUUGUCCGGAGCUAACCCAGAAAUUUGUCGGCUUAUUGGAAAACUUGGAUCGGAUCCGAAGAUUGUGUUCUGUGUUGUGACUCUCGCGAUCUUGUGUGUUCCUCCGGUGUUCCGGGGGCUGUAAACGGUUAUCAAAAGUUGCCAAAGUGUCUCCUAUUAAGUUGUCGGCGAUGGACAGCAACUCGGUGUCACCGAUGCCAGAGCUAGCGCCGAUCGCCGAGUUCGACAAGUCUCCGCCGUCGCCGCCGAACGAAGAGGUUCCGAUGGACGAUCUACCGCCGCCCCCUGCUACGAUCUCGGGGCAGACGGACGGAAAGAAGCUUAAACUCCAACGGAGCCGUUCGUACGACUCCGAGGACAAUGAGCGGGGCGCGUGCGAAUGGUGCGAGUACGCACUCGUCAUCACGCUGGCCACCGUCCUGCUCAUCGGCGUCUCGGCGCUGACCAUCUUCUGGACGCUGUUCUACCGCGAGGGCUACGCCUGGGUAGACGACAUCCCGGAGAAGCAGUUCAACCUGCAUCCCACGCUUAUGGUUGCUGGGUUCGUUACCUUCAGCGGGUUCUCCGUCCUGCUGUAUCGCAUCUGCCGAUGCUUCCGCCGCAUCUACGUGAAGCUGCUGCACGCGAUCUUCCAUGCGCUAGCGUUCCCCUGCAUCGUCAUCGGCUUCCUCGCCGUGCUGGACUACCACAACAAGAAGGGCAUCAACAACUUCUACUCGCUGCAUAGCUGGAUCGGCCUCACUGCUAUGGGACUGUUUGGAAUACAGUAUGCCGUGGGCUUCUUCAGUUUCCUGCUCCUCCUGAUCUGCAACAAGGGCACCGCCGGCUUCCGCGCCUCGCUCGUGCCCGUGCAUGCCGCCUUCGGCAUCCUUACCUUCGUGCUCGGCGUCUGCGCUUGCCUCACCGGACUCACUGAGAAAGCCCUCUUCACCAUUACGGCCACGGUUUACGCGACGAUGUCCGAAGAGUCGAUCGUGAUGAACGCCAUCGGCAUCUCCAUCGUGGCAGUGGCCAUCGUGGUGCUGUACACCGUGCGCGGCACCGGCGGCUACCGCCUGCGCAAGGUCGCGGCGCACCAUCCGAGCUAAGCGCUCGCGCACUACAAUACACGCCAUCCAGACGUUUGGCGACAAACGUGAGUUUGUAGCCGGUUUCAUUUCGCGUAUUAAUUGGAGACAUGUGAAUAAUAAAGGCUAGUAUUUUUCUAUAAAAAAAAGUUGUGUUAAUAUUAGCGAGGUCUAUUCAAUGCUUUGAAAUGUAUGUUAUUACACCAUCAGUAAGCUCACUGAGAAGAACAAAUGGCGUUGUAAGAAGUAAAAUGUGACUGAGAUCUCGCUAAAGAGCUACCUACAACAAUGAUAUGGAACACAACUUGAUAUGGGGAAUACCGGUAUUUUAUUACUUAGGUUCCUGUCUUUAUAUUUAUUUUAGUAUCUCAUAGCUUUUGCGAUUUUGAUGUUCACUAUCUAAUUUGCGCUAAUGUCUGAAUUGAGUUAGUGAAAAUUCGGGAACACACUCAGAAUGCAUUAGCAAUAAUACUUAUUAUAAGAUCUCAAAAGCUAUGAGUACGAUUAUGAUGUUCAUGUAGUUCUGAGCAACGUUUUUUUAUACAUCGAUGUUUCAAUGUCACAUGCAAACUCCAAUUUGUCUCCAAACAAAGUUUUGUAAUUGCAAUUUUUUAAAGUUUGUAAGUUUGGUGUUAUGCUUAAGAGGUAACACUGUCCUCUGUAAUAGUGGUAACUAAAAGCGUAAAGGGUAAGCAGUAAGGACAGCGGAGGUAAAUUGUGUAAGUUAGAUUAAUUCGAGCGAGGAAAACUCCGCUCGUAAAGUGAUUCCAUAAUAUCACAAUCCGUCAAGAUCUUUGGAAGCCCUCUGUGUAACUUCAAAAUGGAACAAACUUACGUUAAGCAAUAUCUUUAGAAGGUUUUCGAUUUUGAGAUUACCGUUAUACUUCGAAAAUUAAACCUGAUGAAAUUAUAUCGUUUAGCUCAAUUUGUUAACUUUAGGUUUACAAAUUCUAUCUCGGUUGGUGACACCACUUGUUCGGCGGUUGUGCGUUGUUCUAUUGUGAAAAUCUACCUUUAUUGUGAGUUAUUCCGUCUUAGACAAAAUUGAUUCGACUGAUUAUUGGAAUUAGAUCAUUUCUUUGGAUAUUAUUUACACAAUAUUACCCCAUAACUAUUUAAGGUGCGUAGUUUAAUCGUAUUAAGGACCACAGUCAAAUUGCAACUGAACGAAGCGGAAAGGAAUGCAAUGUAACUGUAAAGGGGCCCACUGAUUACCA